AUGUCCAGUUCUCCCAAGAUUAUGGUCAGCCCUUCCAGUCUCAGCCCUGGAAUCAACGGCGCCGUUGUUUCGGCUGCGCAGCCGUGGCUCCGGAUGCUCAGCUCCGUGUGGGGUUUGUGCGCCCCGAAGCGCAUCCGCCUCGAAGAUGACCUGGCAAAGAAUCCCCAGAGACUGGCAGCGCUCUGCAAGCCCAUCUGCAAACAGAUGCUGGAGGAUCUCAAGUACCCGGGAGCCCCGCAGGUCAAGCGCGAGUCCGUGGAAGCGCUGCUGAAUUACAUGCACAAGAGAGCCGUCGAGAUCGGAUGGCCUCUCGACACCCCUCUGUCACAAAAGGGGUUCCGCUUGGGCUUCUCACUAGCUGCGCUUUGCCAUCCCCGUCACCCGGUAGAGGUGCAGGGUUACGUUGGGCUCUUUACCUGGCUUGUCGUUCAGUACGACGAUAUCGUGGGUCAGAAUGACGGCGGCAUGGACGAGGCCCAGCACUUCCAGAGGCGUUUCCUCAACGGCGAGACCCAGCCAAAUGCCAUGCUCGAGGGUCUGGCGGGGCUGUUGCGGGAGGCUCCCGACAUCUUUGACCCCGUCAUGGCCAGCUUGCUGCAAAUCUCGGCUCUUAAAUUCAUGACUUGCAACCUGCUCGAACGCCACGAAGGCUUCCAGAAUAUGAAGACCACGCGGGGCGCCGGGAUGAAAUUCCCCGACUUUCUGAGAGACCUGGCCGGCAUUAAUGUGGCGUACGCCGUCUUCUGCUUCCCUAAGGCCCAGUACCCCGACGUGAGUCAAUUCCUGGAAGCCAUCCCUGACAUGGCAAGGGUGAUCGACAUUUCGAACGACGUCCUGUCCUUCUACAAGGAGGAACUUGGAGGCGAGACCAGAAACUACAUUCACAACCGCCGCAUGGCAACGGGAAAGUCAGUCUUCACCGUCCUCGAAGACGUUGCGACCGACACCGUAGACGCCGCCAACAGAGCCUCGGACAUCCUCAAGGGGAGGGGCACAUACGAAAUGUCCAUGCAAGAGUCCGCGCGCGGCUUCCACGCAAUGCACACCACGAACCGGCGGUAUAAGCUGGGAGAUUUGGACCUGGCAGAGGAGCACCCUCUGGCUCCGUACGAAGACCUCAUGACUAACAUCUUUGGCCAAACAAAGGUGAAGGCAUGA